AACCCGAAUGGCACGUUGUAAUAAUAGUAAUCCAGUGCAUGUUUGUAACACACGAAGACCACAUGAACAGACUAAAUCAAAUACACGGGUAGUGUGGUUCCUGACGUGCAGUUAGCUAACUAGUACUAGUGCAGCGGUGCGACGCGUGUGUAACGUUCAGAGGCAGACACAUGAGGGAGGACCCGCCUGGCUGCUAGCUCAGUUCAUAAACAUCCUCGCGUUCAUCCGGUCUGAUUAUUACUGAACAUGCUGGUCUCGUUCUGUUUACUACAACGAGACGUUACUGUUGCAACAGCAAAGAACACGGUUGCCAUGUGGAUUAAAGACUAAAGGGUCCUCCCAAGGAUAGCUGCUUCAGGGACGGAGAGCAAGCAGACUGCCUGUUUACUUCGCCGGUGUUGCGAGCCAUCAACCGGCCGCCGCUGAAGGGUUGGCUUGCUUGCCGGCCGGCGUCAGACGUGCCAAGACUACACCAUCAUCUUCACGCCAUUCACCGCGUUGACACCCAUGGAAAAGGAAAAGGGAAGUCUUCUCUCUCCACACCUCUGAGUGACAGCUUGGGGUUGAAUUGAAAGAUGUAGGGUGGAACUAAACCGUCAUCUACUGCUCUCUGAGGGAGAGCCUGCAUACCACUAGUUGUACUCAUACCACACUUUGAGAAUCACCGGUUUAAUCAAAAUGCAAGAUAAUGGUAAGCUACCAGAUGCAAAGGGCUCGAUGAAGAUUGUAGCCUUUGAUUGUGCUAGCGAUAAAUGUAUGAGCCUUGGUGAAUGACUUGUCUGGGCUGUUGUUUAUAAUACUGUGCUCAGUAUUUGAUUUUUUUUUUAGUCUUUGUUGGACGCUGAAGUACAGUUAUCCUUUUGGUUGCAGCUUUUCUGUGUGGCUAAACUGGGAGACAAAGAGGAAGAUGCCUCCCAGGCCAUCCUCAGGGGAAUUAUGGGGCAUCCACCUGAUGCCUCCCAGGAUUUUGGUCGACUGCCUGUUGCCCAAUGGAAUGAUUCUGACGCUGGAGUGCCUCCGUGAGGCCACUCUCGUUACCAUCAAACAUGAGCUUUUUAAAGAAGCCAGAAAGUAUCCCCUCCAUCACCUCCUACAGGAGGAGACUUCUUAUAUCUUUGUCAGUGUUACUCAGGAAGCUGAGCGGGAGGAGUUCUUUGACGAGACUAGAAGGCUGUGCGACCUCAGACUUUUUCAGCCCUUCCUCAAGGUCAUUGAACCAGUUGGCAACAGAGAGGAAAAGAUCCUGAACAGAGAGAUUGGUUUUGCCAUCGGUAUGCCAGUGUGUGAGUUUGACCUGGUCAAGGACCCUGAGGUUCAGGACUUCAGGCGAAACAUUCUGAAUGUGUGUAAAGACUCUGUGGAACUGAGAGAUGCCAGUGGGCCCCACAGCAGAGCCCUCUAUGUUUAUCCACCCAACAUAGAAUCCACAGAAGAACUCCCAAAACACAUUUACAGCAAGUUGGACAAAGCAGUUAUAAAUCACGCUGUCAGUGAAUUGACAAUUGUUUGCUGCUUGGCAUUUGUGGUCUUUCAAAAGUACACCAAGAAGGGGCUCCUCUCAGAUGCAUUGUCAGUAGCAUCAACUCAGUCAUUUAGAAUAUUGAAAAGUCAAAUUAUUGUUGUAAUUUGGGUGAUUGUUUCUCCAAAUAACGACAAACAAAAGUAUACAUUGAAGAUCAACCAUGACUGUGUGCCUGAGCAGGUGAUUGCAGAGGCCAUUCGUAAGAAGACACGCAGUAUGCUGCUCUCCCCUGAGCAACUAAAGAUGUGUGUUCAGGAAUAUCAGGGUAAAUACAUCCUCAAAGUUUGUGGCUGUGAUGAGUACCUGCUGGAAAAGUACCCAAUCAGCCAGUAUAAGUACAUUCGUAGUUGUAUCAUGCUGAGCAGGAUGCCCAACUUGAUGCUCAUGGCUAAGGACAGCCUCUACACCCAGUUGCCUACUGAUAACUUUGUCAUGCCAUCAUAUUCCCGCCGCAUCUCCACCGCAUCAUCGUAUAUGAAUGGCGAGGCAGCUGCCAAGUCACUAUGGACCAUCAAUGGAACACUGCGAAUACGGAUCCUCUGUGCUACCUAUGUUAACGUCAAUAUAAGGGACAUAGACAAGAUUUAUGUGAGAACGGGUAUUUACCAUGGAGGAGAGCAGAUGUGUGACAAUGUGAACACACAGAGGGUGCCCUGCUCUAACCCCAGGUGGAGUGAGUGGUUGACCUAUGACAUGUACAUUCCAGAUAUCCCGCGAGCUGCCAGACUUUGUCUUUCCAUUUGCUCAGUCAAAGGCAGGAAGGGAGCAAAAGAGGAGCACUGUCCACUGGCUUGGGGUAAUGUCAACUUGUUUGACUACACCCACACUCUUGUGGCGAACAAGAUGGCGCUGAACCUCUGGCCUGUUCCUCAUGGUCUAGAAGAUCUUCUCAAUCCUAUAGGAGUUACAGGCUCCAACCCCAAUAAGGAAACACCAUGUCUGGAGCUGGAAUUUGACCACUUUAGUAGUCCAGUCAAAUACCCAGAUAUGAAUGCUGUGGAGGACCACGCUAACUGGACCAUCUCAAGAGAACUGGGGUUUAACUACAACCUCUCUGGACAGAGCAAUCGUGUGGCGAGAGAUCAUGCCCUGACAGAGAGUGACAUAGAUCAGCUGGGACAGCUCAGUAACAGAGACCCUCUCUCAGAAAUAACUGAACAGGAGAAAGACUUCCUGUGGAGACAUAGGCACUAUUGCAUGAAUUUCCCAGAGAUCCUUCCCAAGAUCCUUCUUGCUGUCAAAUGGAACUCCAGAGAUGAAGUAGCGCAGAUGUACUGUCUAUUGAAGGAAUGGCCAUCUAUCCGUCCAGAACAGGCCAUGGAAUUGUUGGACUGCAACUACCCGGACCCCAUGGUUAGACACUUUGCUGUGCGCUGCCUUGAUAAAUACCUGACUGAUGACAAAUUGUCUCAGUACCUCAUCCAGCUUGUACAGGUUAUAAAAUAUGAGCAGUACCUUGACAAUCCUCUGGCCCGUUUUCUACUUAAAAAGGCACUAACUAAUCAAAGGAUAGGACAUUUUUUCUUUUGGCAUCUCAAGGCUGAAAUGCACAAUAAAAAUGUGAGCCAAAGGUUUGGCCUACUUUUAGAGGCUUACUGCAGGGCCUGUGGCAUGUACCUCAAACACCUAAGCAGGCAGGUGGAGGCCAUGGAAAAACUCAUCAAUCUCACUGAUAUCCUUAAACAGGAAAAAAAAGAUGAGACGCAGAAGGUUCAAAUGCGGUUCCUGGUGGACCAGAUGAAAAGACCUGACUACAUGGAUGCACUACAAAAUUUCACCUCUCCUCUUAACCCUGCGCACCAACUGGGCAACCUAAGGUUAGAGGAAUGUCGGAUCAUGUCAUCGGCAAAGAGGCCGUUGUGGCUCAACUGGGAAAAUCCAGACAUCAUGUCUGAGCUACUCUUUCAGAACAAUGAGAUUAUCUUCAAAAAUGGAGAUGACCUGCGCCAAGAUAUGUUGACUUUGCAGAUUAUCAAAAUCAUGGAGAACAUUUGGCAGAAUCAGGGACUGGAUCUACGCAUGCUGCCAUAUGGCUGUCUUUCCUUAGGAGACUGUGUGGGUCUCAUUGAGGUGGUUCGCAGCUCACACACCAUCAUGCAGAUUCAGUGUAAAGGUGGCUUGAAAGGGGCGUUGCAGUUCAAUUCAAACACUCUGCAUCAGUGGCUCAGAGACAAGAACAAGGGCGAGAUGUAUGAUAUGGCUGUGGACCUUUUCACAAGGUCCUGUGCUGGCUACUGUGUAGCUACAUUUAUUCUUGGGAUUGGAGACAGGCACAACAGCAACAUUAUGGUCAAGGAUGAUGGGCAGUUAUUUCAUAUAGAUUUUGGACAUUUCCUGGAUCAUAAGAAGAAGAAAUUUGGCUACAAGAGAGAGAGAGUGCCCUUUGUAUUGACACAAGACUUCCUCAUUGUCAUCAGUAAGGGGUCCCAGGAGUGUGCUAAGACCAAAGAGUUUGAGAGGUUCCAGGAAAUGUGUUAUAAAGCCUACCUGGCCAUCCGGCAGCAUGCCAACCUGUUCAUCAACCUGUUCUCCAUGAUGCUGGGCUCCGGCAUGCCUGAGUUGCAGUCAUUUGAUGACAUCGCCUACAUUAGGAAGACCUUGGCCCUGGAAAAAACAGAACAGGAGGCGUUGGACUAUUUUAUGAAACAGAUGAAUGAUGCUCACCACGGUGGGUGGACCACCAAAAUGGACUGGAUUUUCCACACAAUUCGACAGCAUGCACUAAACUAAGCCGCGCACAAACUCAUUCAAACUUUUUUAGUUGCACUUACGUUUUGCCAACAGCAUUACCACCUCCUCUUCUUCAUUGCGGUCUCAAUGAUGCCUUUGUUUGGAGUCACCCCUCUUGGAAGUUCCUUCUUAGAGGAUUGUUGUCAUACAGCAUGCCAUCUCUGUUUUUGGUUCUGAAAAACCAAUGACCAUUGCACUUCAACUACUUAAACACUGCUUGCAGAGGAGAAAUACCAAUUGGUCAAAAAUCAUAAAUAAUAUUGCAUUCAUCCAGCUGCAUGUCUUGCUCCUUUAUUAGAUCUGCACUGUGGCCCCACCCUAAAACAUUUUUUUCCUGGAAAACGUUUCCUUGUCAGCACCAAUAAGAGAAGGACGCAGACACACACGCAAAAAACUGAAACUGAAACUGCCCCUGUGAGCGCCAUCUUUGCCAAAAACCAAACCCAACUAAACCCAAGCCUGCAAGGCAUAUUGUUAGUCUCCCCCAACCUCAAAGAAACAGAACUCCACCCUCGGGAGCAUUUGUUGGUGGUGCACUUUGAGACUUUUCAACCAACUUCAGGGUGAUGUUGCCUCUCCAUCCGCUACUAUUUAUUGUUGUUUUAUAAGAAUUUGAGCAAUAAUCAUGGAAGUUAAUGAUUUGCUUUCGCUGGCCACAUGAAAUGACUUGGCGGGCGAGAUUUGGCCCCCGGGCCUUGAGUUUGACACCUGUGGUAUAAGCGACUAGGUCGUAUUUGUGUCAUGGGGCAGGUUACAGAUUAUUAUGAUUAGUUUUAUUUAUUUAUUUAAAAAAAAGUUUUUAGACACCUUUCACUUGAGCAAAGUGGCUACUAUUAUUGCACUAACUGCAAUUUUGAUUUACAUGAUUUACUGUAUUUUUGUUAUGAAAAACGGACAGUACGGACAGUUUACGAGAAUUUAGCUUUUACUUUCGCAGACAUCCAGGGGAAAGUCAAGUCUUCCUGUUCAUAAAAAUGCCUUUUGCGUUGCAGCAUUACACUCCACAAUGCUGAAGCCCAUACACCAUUGCUACCACUAUUGCGAGAUGGAUUAUCAUGAUCAUCUUGAGUGUGGAAUUUAACAUAACAAUAUCACACCAUGUGACUUUUAUUACUACCACACAUUUACUCACACUUAAAGUUCGAGUAUGCUAUUUUCCAACUGCUAGCAAGAUUUGAAUGUAACCUCACUUCACUCCCUGCCAGCCCCCCUUGUGUCUCUGCCCCUUUCAAAAGAAAUCCCCCAGGUCACUAACACGCAUGCAUGGCGGCAUGCCAAGACAGCUACAUUGCUAGCAUGGUUUAUUCAUGAUGGAACCACGCAGCCGUCUGCAUGUGGGACAACACUGUUAUAUAUUUUUGCCCUUGAUUUGUCUCGAGAGCUGUCCAACUCCUUGUUUUUAACUUUUGUUGCUAACUGGAGUUAAAUAAUCCAGCCAAGGAGCUAUAAUAGUCUUCUUUGGAGAAGCUGUGUGUGUUCGCAUGUGUACAUGAGAAACGAUUGAGACACUAUUUGGUCACGUCUCCUGUCUCUACAGUUUUUGAUUGGCUAUUCUAGUCUUGCUGCCACCUUUUGUAAAAUGAUCAUUAAAAUGAAAUUAGAGCCAUAAAAUGGGGCCAGAGAAGCAUUAUUUUUCAAAAGAUCAUUUUAUUCUACUGUCAGGUCAUAUAAACAGUUUUAACAUAUAAUACAAAAAGUGUUUUUUUUUGUUGUUGUUUAUUUUAACUGCAAUCUCUAACUGACUGGCUUUUUUUUUUUGAUCAAUGCAUUUUCUUCAACACAAAACACAGCACCUUUCGUGGACACAACCCAUAUCAGAACCCUGUCUUACUUAAAUGUGUGCAUGCUCACUGUAUUAGCCCGACCUGCCAUCAUAACGUUUGAUUGUAUUAGGAAGUCUGUUGCGAGGUGAAGCACAAAUGCAAUGUUCCAUUGCAGCAUGGCUUGAAUGUAUUUAAUUGCUACCACAGGCCAUAUGUGCACUCACUAUUUAUCAUGUGUCAUGUGAUCAGAUGCAGUUUUUUAAUUUGUUUGUCUUUUUAUUGAGGCUGGUCAAAGUUCAUCAUGCAGUCGGGCAAAUCAGUUACAGACUUUUUUUUGUUUUUGUUUUUUUGCAUGUUUCGGUGCUCUCUAUGAAAACCGUGAUGCAGUAUACAUGCAAAGUUCCAGUCCAACUUUUUUAUGGCAAGCUAAAUGAGUGUGUUUUGAAUGUCCUUGCCUGUCUGUCAACGUACUGUACAUUUGUUCCUGUGCCUGUGCAGGUUGCAGAACUUAAUUGGCAGGUCCCAGCGCAUGCAUUUUGUGUGCACGUGUGGCACACCAACCAACUGCACAUUAUUUUAUUUAUUUAUUUUUUAAACAUUGCUUGUAAGGAGAUGCAGAGAGGGAAAAACAAGGGGAAAAAUAAAAUGAAAAUAUUCAUUGGAUAUUAAACUUGAAGUAUCAUAAAUCUGAACCACAGUGUUGGUGGAUUUUUUACAUAGUGUAGAUAAAGAGUACUCUUUACUAAUAAUGUGUGUGUUGAGCUAUGUGCAGCAUUGUAUACAUGUUUUUCGUGCCAUUUUUAUGAAUGUGAUUUAGCAUUAAGUUCACUUUUCCAUUAGUCGUCAAGUAGAUGAUACUUUUAAAUCACUUUAAAAACAACAACAAGCCUCAAAAGUAUGAUUUCCAGCAGAGUACGCUUGUUGAAAAUUAUUACGGUUUAGGACUUUUAAACUUCUAAAAGGAGUUGUUUUUGUUUUUUUUAACUCUAGCUUUGUUGCAAAAAAUGUUUUCUGAUUUAACCUUAUAAUGCACAGAUAAUUUCUGAUGAUUUACUGUCAAAGUUGUAUGAUUGCGAACUCAAAUUGGCUGAACUGUUGGGUCGUGUCAACAAAUACCUAAACAGGACACAAACUGCAAUCCAGUGCAAUACAAAUGCACAACAUAUUAAUGUGAAAUGAAGAAAUUGUUAAUGUUUUUGAUUGUGUAACUCUUUGGGUCCCAAUUUUGUGUUAAUUUUUCUAAAGAUUUGUUCCCUCUUGAACCUGCUAUAGUUAUGAAUGUAACUGUUUAUGUUGUGGAGCCUGAAACAGAACAGAUUCUGAGGGUUUAAAACCCCUGCUCGUGUAUAAAUACAGUACUCCAGUUUGGAUCAAAUCAUUGUUGGUUACCACUUGUGACUAAUCUUCUGAAAUGACCGAAAGGAAAACACUGAUGCAGUGAUUAUAUGGUCAUCACUAUAUAUAUAUAUAUAUAUAUAUAUAUAUAUAUAUAUAUAUAUAUAUAUAUAUAUAUAUAUAUAUAUAUAUAUAUAUAUACAUACAUACACACACACACACACACACACACACACACACCGUGUUGUUUAUUAUACAUGUUCUACAUUUCUAUUGCAUAACAUGGUGACAAAACCUUAGCCUAUACUAUGAAUGUACAUUGGGCCAAUGUAUUAUUUUUCACAGUCUAUCUGCAUGAGAUUGGCUGAAGAUACCUGUAUAUAGUGUCCGCCGUCAAAUCAGUCACAAGUACAGUAUAUUAAUAAAUGAAUGCCUUAAGUUUGCUUCCAUACGGAACACUCGACAGAUUUAUUGUCUCAUUACUGUGUUUUUGUUUUUUAAUUGUAUUUUAAGUUUCUGUCUGGCUGCUUGGUCACAGGGUAAAAGUUUGUACCUGAACUGACUGACUGACCAUCUAAGUGUUCUGUGAAGAUGUACAAAUACAUUUGUUAAACAUUCACAAGACUCUGUGUGUUUUUGUACGAAGUCCGGACCCAUCAGUAUCAGCGCAACAGGCCUCUUAAUAAAACAUUUCAACCUACAAAGGAAAGAUGUAAUCGACAAGAAGCCUUUAUGUAUUCAUUCUACUGUGUCACCACUUUUGAGAUAAAUUCAUUUGAUAAAUCUUAUCAUUUUGGGGGGAAAAUAUACUGUACGUUUUCCUAAAUCAAUGUUUGAGGCGGACAAAUUAUUCAUAUAAUAAUUCACUUCCAGUAGGGGUCAAAUUAAAUUUUAUUCCACAAAGCCCAGAAAAAUCAAACUUCUUAAAUUUUGUAUAUAUAGACCUACUAGGAAAACCUUUUGGCACACAGUCAUGAUUUUAACAUGUAUUCAGUUGUAUUAUGUACAAAUAUUUGUCUUUUAAAUGUAUUCAGUGGACUGAAAUCAAUUUACAUUUCAUGUCUAAUUGGAAUCAAACCUCACUUGUCUUGUGUUUCCAGUGCUCUUUGUGGCAUUAGGAUAUUUCUUCAAAACAAU